CCUGUUGUCCUGAAAGCCCACAGCUGGAGAGAGCAGAAAACAGCAGGGUGAUCCUUCAGAAGAUCAUGGCAUUGUCAGACACAGAGUUCGGACUGAAGGCCAGCAACAUCAUCAAGGAAUGGGGCGGACAGAUCCAUCCAGCUCUCAUGGUAUCUUUCAUUUUCCUGUGCUGUCUGGAGGCUUGUUUCUGGGUCAGGAAUCUCACUCUUAAGAAGAGGCUUCCAGGACCCUUUGCUUGGCCGCUUGUAGGUAAUGCCAUGCAACUCGGCCAAAUGCCUCAUUUCACCUUCUCCAAGCUGGCCAAGAAGUAUGGAAACGUCUACCAGAUCAGACUGGGUAGCAGUGACGUAGUGGUUCUGAAUGGAGAUGCGGCCAUACGCACGGCAUUGAUUCAGCACAGCGUUGAGUUUGCCGGCAGACCAAACUUUGCGUCUUUCCAGUCGGUUUCUGGUGGAAACAGCAUGACGUUCAACAGUUACAGCAAGCAAUGGAAAAUGCACCGCAAGAUCGCUCAGUCCACCAUACGUGCUUUCUCUUUGGCGAACAGCCAAACGAAAAAUUCGUUUGAGAAGCACAUAGUGGCUGAGGCCUUGGAUCUGAUUCAAAACUUUCAGAGUUCAAAAGGCCAAUCCUUCAAUCCCUCGCAUGAACUGAGAGUCGCAGCUGCUAACAUCAUUUGCGCACUCUGCUUUGGAAGACGAUACGGACGCGAUGACCAAGAGUUUCGAAAUCUCCUGGGCAGAGUAGACAAGUUUGGAGAGACUGUAGGUGCUGGAAGCUUGGUAGACAUCAUGCCUUGGUUGCAAUCUUUCCCCAACCCUGUGAGGAGCAUCUUUCAGACCUUCAAAGACCUCAACAAUGACUUCUUCACUUUUGUCAAAGGUAAAGUAGCGGAACACAGGCAAACCUAUGACCCUGAGGUCACAAGGGAUAUGAGUGAUGCCAUUAUCGGGGUGAUGGAUCAUGCGGACAGCGAGACAGGCUUGACUGAAGCUCAUACUGAAGGUACUGUAGCUGAUCUUAUUGGAGCAGGUCUGGACACGGUCUCCACUGCCUUGCACUGGAUGAUUCUUCUUCUGGUCAAAUAUCCAUCAAUCCAGACCAAACUUCAAGAGCAGAUUGAUAAAGUAGUCGGGCAUGACAGACUCCCUUCACUGGAAGAUAAGAGCAACCUUACAUACUUGAAUGCGUUCAUCUACGAAACCAUGCGCUACACCAGCUUCGUCCCGGUUACCAUUCCUCACUCCACCACUUCAGACGUGACCAUUGAAGGUCUCCACAUCCCCAAAGACACUGUGGUGUUCAUCAACCAGUGGUCCGUCAACCAUGACCCUCAAAAGUGGCAAGACCCUCAUAUCUUCAACCCGUCAAGGUUCUUGGACAAAAAUGGAGCCCUGGAUAAAGACCUCACCAACAGUGUCAUGAUCUUCUCAAUUGGGAAGAGGAGAUGCAUUGGAGAUCAGAUUGCCAAAGCAGAAGUUUUCCUGAUUACUGCCAUGUUGCUCCACCAAAUGUCUUUUGAGAAUGAACCUGCUCAGGAUUUAACCUUAAACUGCUCUUAUGGGUUAACACUCAAGCCACUCGAUUAUAAAAUAUCUGCAAAACCCAGAGGAAACUUAAUUAAUGGGCCAUAAAGUAGCAUGUGCUUUUGAACUCUCUAAUUCUUAUUUACUACACUAUGCAGAAUCGGGUAUGUUCAUAUGCAUUGAACGUGUACUGAGUACAACAUGUAAUUCUAGAUCAUAAAUACAGAUCUAAAACUAAAACAAACUAAAUGUUAACUGUUUUAAAAGCUAAUCGAUGGAAAGACUCUAGUGGUUUCAGCAGUGUUUCGUGGUAUUUUUAUGGCAAUUUUUGUACAGGGAUGUGCAUUUGUAGGGAUGUACUGUAGCUAUCUGAUAUUAACAUGUGGUUAGACCUUCAAAAUAAAACUUUUAAAGUGACCUUCAUUCGGUUGCUGGUUGUAUGCAAUUUUAAUCUAUUUGAGAUGUUGGAAAAUGUUGCAACUGUCUGCUAAUCUUUGUAAAUAAAGUCUUUUGUUGACUAUAA